CGAAGAAAGACAUUCUUUUGACCCUCCUUCCAAAUAUGGAGGAGAGCCAGAGGUCUUCUUCAACCCUGCCACUUCUACAUUGGGCAGAGGUCUUGCCUUAAAGCACUCUACAAACCCCCAUUUCAUCAUUUCACAGAGGAAGAGCUAGAGAUCUCUAAUUCUUACCUCCAGAUUUAGGAGACAUUGCACUAUACCUUCUCCAAAUCUUCUUUUGGGUAAGUUAUUUUCUCUUACAAAUCCCCAUCACUUGGUUUAGCAGAAAAUACUUGAGAUUUAGCCGGAAUUUUACUGGUAUCACUCAUGCGUCACAGUAUGGAAUAACCUCCAGAUUUAGCAGAAAGUUUUAUGUAAUAUAUCCACAUCCCCAUCACUUACGUUACAGUAGGAGAUCCUAAUCUUUUCAUCUAUGGGUUGUUGUUUUAGCAAGAAAAACACUUUGAAGAACCCAAUUCCAGAUUCAGAAUAUGUUGUGGAAGAAAAAGUGAAAGAAGUAUUAUUAGAGAUCCGAAAUCCAUCUUUUAUUAGCCAACUGCAAAACAAUGGCGGUACCCAUCUUCAAAAGCAAAGCCCGAAAGCUCCGGUCCAUGGGGAUGAGAGCUUAAAAGCUCCAGUCCACAGGGACCAAAGCUUCAAAGAUCCCACCCAUCAAGGCGAAAGCAUGAAAGUUUCAACCCAUGGAGACGGAAUCUUGAAACCUUCGAUCCAUGGCCACCAAAGCUUCAAAGACUCAACUCACAGAGAUGAGAGAUUGAAAACUUUGACCCAUGGAGACGAAACCCUGAAAGCUUCUAUCUCUGCAGACAAUGAAAGCUUGGAAAUCUCAGAGAGCCUGAACUGCUUGAGUGAGAGUGUUUCAGCUACAUUUGGGGAGGAAAGAGAAGUGGUUUCUCCAGCAAAAUUCAAAAUGCAGUAUGUUUCCCCAACAAAGAGAAGAGCAAGAUACAUGGAUCAAAGAAAUAGGGUAUUCUCAAACAAUGAGGAAAUGAAAGGAAGGGGAAACCCUUCCCCAUUGAAUCGAACAGAGCAAUUGCCAGUGAGAAGGCUUGGGAAAUCAUUUUCAGAGAGAGAUAUGGGUCGCUUUCAGAGGCAAGAAAUGAGGAGGGAUGGAAAUUCCGCUGCGAAUUCAGGCAGGCAAUCAAGAUCCCCGGUAGCUAGGGCAUCUCCAAUAAGAGAGAAAUCAAAAAUCACAAACCCCACUACUAGGAUUCCUGCUACAGAGAGAAAGGAAGCUUUGGAAGCAACAAAAGAACAGGAGUUCGAUAAGGUUUCUUCUCCCACUGCUAAUGAGUCACUGGAGAACCCUCAUGUUUCUUUAGAAUGUUUCAUCUUCCUGUAAUUCUCAUGCAAUAUUUUUUUCUUAUCGUUUCAUGAGCCAAAGUCGAUUUUUUCGUGUUACUUUUGUAGCUGGAGAAUCUGGGCACGGCCUGGAAAUACUGUAAAUUCUGUGAGAGGAGAGAGAGGGUGAACUGCUCAACAAAAGGGCAGACCCAAGUGAAAAGAUAGAGCCACAUGGAAUAAACACAAGUAAAAGAAGUAAUCUUUACUUCAAUGAA